AAAAAACAAAACAAAACAAACACGAAAUAAAUAAUCAAACAACAACAAAUAAAAACAAAACAAAAAUAAAUAAACAGACAAAUACAGCAAAACAAAAAAUAAAAUACGCUGUCUCGAAGACUUGUCUAGUCUUUCAAGACACUUGUGUUGCUCCACUCAUUUAAAUUUCAAUUCUCCGGUGUUUUGUCUGCUGCAUCUGCUCCUUGCUUUUAUUAUUUUUCCUUUGUCAAAAGCCGCUCCUGUUACCAGGCAAAAUAACCAAACAAUUACGAAUAUAUGUCAAAAUAGGCUUCGCAUAUUGUGAUGCUGACAGACGAAUACAGUGAGAUGAAUGGACAGAUGAACUAAAAGGGUAGAAUAUACGGUGGUAGGAAAGAAUAGGGAGGUGGGUCGAGGGAGGAAGGAAAGAAAGUAAAGGGAGAACAACAAAGAAAAAUAAAACCUGUUUCAGCUUCAGAUGCUUAGGGUUCAGCUUCAGCAAUGCGAAAGAGGGGGAGGGAGUCACCCACUCUUACGGGUUUUCUUGUAAAGGUCAGAACAACACAAGGGCGCGUCUGACCCCUAGUAGCGACUGCCUGGCCUCGGUUCACCCGCGGAGGAGCUCUUCGUAACCUGAAAUCCUCCGCCCCAGCGACAGUCUUCAGGGGGGAUCGCUUGUCAUAAGUUCACGUGAUCACUUUUCACCCAUGAUCACAACCGUUGGUGGCAAUUAUCCCAUCUUCUCACAGUUUGCUUUAAGACGAUGUUCGUAGUACAUCAUGGAGGACCUUCGUUCCUCUUGAAUUCUUCACAUUUUGCGGUAACCAGCAAAUGCAAAAAAAAAAAGAAAAAAAAAAAUGCCGUUGCUGGUACAGGCAAAGUCUCCAGCACAUAUCACAGUGGCCUGACCUUUUGUGAGUAUGGCGGGAACAUGCAAUGAUAAUAACUCUAAAUUAUACUGCAGCUGUUUAAUUUUUCAGUCGGGUUAGCUACGAUGGAUGCAGCCAAACUUUCGCCAUGCUUAGAGCAUCAGGGUCUCCGCUGGACCCGGCUAACCACGGGGGCCAUCGGUCUGGAAAAAGUCCUGCCACGUGCCUGACCUUCUGACUGUUGAUUGUACGUAGGUGGGAGGCUCCGAUGGUCAAGCACCAAAUUGCUUGUAGACUUGCGGUGCCGUAUUGUCUUUCUGGAACCCCCUGCCAAAUGUCAGGCUGGUAUUUUCAGACGAAGAGGGAACGAUUUUAAGAGUAUCUCGUGUAGUGGUCCCGGCACCUCUAAACCUUCUAUCCCCCCCAACGUUUGCUGGCAUUCUCAGACUGGGGAAAGGUGACAAAAUGUCACGGAAUUCAUUGUGAUAUUUAGAACUCCCAAUAAAGUCGCCCUGCUUCGGCUUAGAACACCACAAACCAGGGACUUACUCUGUCCUGUGCAAACGUAUUUGGCCGGAAAGUACCCAGGGUUCACUUCUUCACAUUUCUGUUUGCUUCACAGUGCUUGGACACGACAGAAAACGGCUGUCGCAUCUUUUGUAAGUUUCUUCUUCACCGUGCCGAAGUGUUCUUCUAAAAAAAAAAAAAAUUACUGCUUAGACGAACAAAGGAUAAUACUUUCUCUGGAUAAUUCUUUUGAAAAUCUCGGUAAUUUUUUUCUAGUAAAUAUUUAUAGCCUUUAUUUGGUGGAUCAUAUUUUGUGUAAAUUAAUAAGUGGGUCUAUGACAAAGAUAUAAAGACAGACUUAUGUGAAAAAGAUAUGAGAAUAAAUAAAGUGGAUUAUUACCCUAUCAACAACAACCAAUUGUUGUAAAUAGUCGGCUGAUCAAAGACUUAAAAAUAGAUACUAUUCCCGUUCGUUUCGUAAAUGCAUCAGUAUAUUUUUUUUAUUAAAAAUAGUCUUGGCGAGAGAGAGAAAACUGUAAUUAAUGUCAUGAUGGCAUCGAUUAUGUUUCAACAGCAAUUAUAUGUGAAGACGAGUAAUCGGGGAUUUUUUUUUUAACUCGCGACUGCUGUCUUGUCACUGGACCUGGUAAGUCCAUUGAUUGUGACCCAAGACUCCGGUGGCUGUCAAAGGGAAGACAUGUUUUCUUGGUCUGUACUGAGCGGAAAAUUAACCAUUGAAAAGAAAGCCGUGUGUGGAAAUACAGACGCAUGACAAGAUCGUUUUCAGAAAUGACUGGUUGCGUUUUUUUCUGGCCAUCGGUCGAUGCUACAGAGCAGAAACCAUCUUCUGAACGAAGAACAAAAAUGUUGGCAAGACAAGAACUGGCCUACACUUCCAGGAAACGGAGAUUCAACUGUCAAUACACUUGUAUUGACAAUGGAUAAGCAAUGUCACGGAUCCAGUAUGGCUCAAAACGAUGUGGAAGUGGAGAUGAAAAGGAAACAGAAUGGUAAUCAUCAGAACAAAAGAUGUUUCACGUAGGAACCGCCGCUCGUUGAAAGUUUGAAAAAAAAAGUGUUCACAUGAUCUUUACAACGAUACCAUGAAACUGCUGGAUGAAAAGGCUAAGAGUUCAGUUAAACUGAAACUUUUAAAAAGUGUUAUUGUGCACCAAAAACUUCGAAUUCAUCUUCUGGAUUAUAUUUGGUUGUGGGCGGCUUUGGAGUAAUGCUAAGGUGGCAAGCGUUGACACCGUUGCUGGAUGCAAUUCCAAUAAGGGAGGCCACCUGAGAGGCGAUUUUUCCAAAUAAACCCAGGAUGGAUGUCGCUACGAGAUGAUCACAAUGUUUGGACGAAGCAAGGAGCGCCCAAGAUGGCUUCUGUCGACCGGGGCUGUUGAUUUUCCCCCGCUCAAGUUGCAUGUCAGGCCCUAUAUGGAGCAUCUGGGAGCAAUCGGCGCACUGAUUUUCGGCACUAUUAUCCCCCUUUGUUUAGAACUGUUUGUCUUAUUGUGAGUGUGUGUGGAGGGGCGGGGAGGGCGAAUGGAUUUUGUGGGAAAGGAGAGAAGGGGGGAACAAAAAUGGAAGGUAGGACGAGCAGUCUCUAUGCAUAGAUGGCGCGAGCUACUGUCCAUUCGAAGCAACAUCAUCAGACCUGGGAGAAUGUUGUAGGAAUUCACGACAAAUAAUUCUCUAGAACAGUCGGUGAUGCAUGUAUGAGUCUUUAUUCAGCUACUAUCUUCUAGUGGACAUUAUACGCGACUUUCAUACCUACCCGUCCCUUUUGCGACUUCUGUCUCUCUGUCAAAUCCUUACAUCUUUACUUCUUCCCCUCAAACCUUCUUCUUCCUUUCCAUACUUCUUUUUUUUUUUUUUUUUUUUUUGCCAUCCCAUUAGGGAAACCGCCAGUUACCCUUACAGCUCUCUUCGGGGGAGAAAAGCAAGGAAGUUUGUGUGCUCGUCAGCGGACUGACUAAUCGACUGACAAGGGGGGGCUGACGUAGAGACAAGCCGGCGGUUAGAGUUUCAGACCCCAAUUUUCGGCGGGUCCUAAUCGUUAAUAAUUAAUCGUAAACUGGUAUAUUUGUCAUUUUUCCAUAUGCCGGCCUCACCCCUGGCAUUUCGGGCAGUGGGCUCACGCAUGCGUGCUGGAGGCUCCCGCGUGGUGCAUAGCAGUCUCGCAGUAAAUGGCGGGAAGUCUCUCGACUCGUGUAAAAUGCCAUCUUCUGUGGAGCGUCACCUACGUGUCGUCUGCUGCCGUUUGGUCCUACACCGGGGCUUGGGAGAAGAGCGGGCCUAAAACUGUCCCCCGGGAAACCCAUUUGGCAAAUUAUCAAAAAUGAGCCGAACGAUUUGGAGGGAGCGAAUCCUUUUUUUUUCUGCGAGACAAAAUGCACCUCCCAAAUUAAGGGGGCGUGGCUUAUUGUGUUUUGUAAAGAAACCGCACCAGUUAUUUUUCUUUCUCAGCAUUUUACUCUUUUUAUUUUUAAAAAAGUUGUAUUCCAUCCGUGGGGGAAAAUCUCAUGAUUCUAGCGAUUUUACUGAGUGCGUACUAAUUGUACUUUACAUUAUUGUUGUCAGCUGUUGUUAAAGGACAUGAACUAUGAAUACUUAGAUUCCAGACAUUUCUGUGAAUCAUAAUUGAGUUUUGUCAUCCUGGGCAUUAGCAGGCCAACAGAACAUUGGCUGGCGAAGCUUGUGGCAUCAUAAGCAAUAUAUAAACACGGUGAUGGGCAAUAGCAGCAUCCUCCUGGUCACUUUUAGUGAGUGGAACACACAGCUGAUUAUACUAAAGCCUUGGUUAGCGAACCGCACCUCGUGGCUUGAAGCAAGGAGAGGGUGAAGGAGGGAGGGGGAGAGUAAAAGACAGGGAGAGAAGAGGGCUGGGGGAGGGAGGAGGAGAAAGGAGAGAAGGGGAGGGCGCGUGUGAGACACUAGCGCGGCGAAGAAGAGAGACGAGCUCUGCGAUUGGUCAGCCGCGCCGACGGCUUUGCACGAGAAACAAAAGUUAUGACUGUUUAACAAACUUACACGCAUGUUCGGUGCCCACCAUGAAAUACAGGGCCCUACUGUCGUCUUUCUCUCAGGCUCGUCCUUCGUGCAUUCACCAUGCAGGUCUCCCCGGCGAGUCUGCAGCAGCCAGCGCGAGUCUGCCCAGUCCAGCUCCCUCCACAGUCUAUGACCUAGCACCUACCCCCUUGUCUACAUCCUCCCCUCCUAUCGGCCCCCCUCCUUCGCACAAUCACUUGCCUGAUAAAUCAAUGCUGCUCCUACAAUCCCAGCCCAGUUACGAGUCGGGCAAUGGCAUGGGCGGUAACCACGGUGGACAUUACGGAUCCGUGGCCUAUUCCAGCACAGUGACGCCCCCUGCCAACAUGGCGGACAUCAACAUCCUGUCAGUUUCUCUCUCGCUCCCCCUUCACGACUUUCAGGCGGACGUGGCUUAUGGCAGCGACGAGCUGUCUUCCGAGGGCUUCAGCAGUGGGUACGAUGCCACCCAGGGUGGUCUGGCCAGCUUCCAUCACGGGGCCGACCACGGCCAGCCUCAGCCGUACGUGGACUCUUAUGGGUUCGAAGGAUACGGUCACGUGGGUAGGGAUGCGACGAGCAAAGUCAGCUCGGCGCAGCAGCCAGGGUACGUGACGUCACCCGGCGCCAGCGGGCUGUACCCCGAUCACACGACGUCGCCGCAGUCAGUGGGCACCCCGGGGCUGCACGACAAGUACCCGGCGUCACAAACUGUCCCGAUGUCCUUCGACGAUGGCUACCACGCCUUCACUGCCGACGCCUCCGAGUUCUACCAGCAGCGCUUCCUUGACAACCAGCAGAAGGGUUUCAUGAAGCAACCGUUUGAACCUGGACCGCAGGACUUGUUCGCGCAGUCCUCGGCCCUGGGCAACGGUGCCGGUGGCUUCCCAUCCGGGGUGGACAUGGACCACAAGCAGAGUAUGUACCAUCACGGAGUGCCCGGCUACGACGUGCCCGUAUCCUAUUGCGGCGAUGGCAGCAUGUACCCCGGGUACCACUCAGCCUUCUACGGGGGUCAGGGGGUGACUCCUUGCUCCUCCUUCCCCACCCACGGCGUGCCCACAACGUACCGCGCGGACCUCAGCAUCCAGAUGGCCGGCACGCACCAUCUUCAUCGCCGGACCUCCCUCUCCAUCCCCACACCGCCCACGCCGGACGGAUUGGAAUUACAGAAGUACCAGCUGCAGUCACCAACCACUCCUCCUACCCCGGGUUCCGCGCGAUCCCCACCCCCAAGGGAGGGUCAGGUGAAGGAGAGCCUGUUGUGUGCCGUGUGUGGCGAUAACGCGGCGUGCCAACACUACGGAGUACGAACCUGCGAGGGCUGCAAGGGCUUCUUCAAGCGCACUGUUCAGAAGAAUGCGAAAUAUGUGUGUUUGGCGGACAAGAACUGCCCUGUUGACAAGCGACGACGAAACCGAUGUCAGUUUUGUCGUUUCCAAAAGUGCCUGGCUGUUGGCAUGGUGAAGGAAGUGGUGCGGACCGAUGGGUUAAAGGGCAGAAGAGGUCGACUCCCUUCCAAACCCAAGAGCCCCCAAGAGUCGCCUCCUUCCCCACCAGUCAGCCUGAUCACAGCCUUGGUCAGGGCGCAUGUGGACACCUCGCCCGAUAUUCCUAACCUGGACUACAGCAAGUACCAGGUGAACGGCGGGGAGGAGAGUCCGACCCCCCAGGAGGCGAGGGUACGUGAGUUUUACGACCUCCUCAUUCAGUCGAUCGAGAUCCUCCGGGGCUGGGCGGAGAAGGUGCCUGGCUUCACUGAUCUGUGUAAAGAGGAUCAGGACUUGCUCUUCCAAUCCGCUUCCUUGGAACUUUUCGUCCUACGGCUUGCCUAUAGAGUCCAGCCCUGUGACGACAAGAUCAUCUUCGACAACGGGCAGGUGUAUCACCGCCUGCAGUGUAUGCGGAUGUUUGGCGACUGGAUCGGCUCCAUCAUGGAGUUCGGGAUCAGCCUUCAUCGAAUGACGCUCGACAUAUCAUCAGUCUCGUGCAUGGCAGCUCUGGCUCUUGUCACAUUGCGACAUGGCCUCAAAGAACAGCACAAGAUGGAGGAGCUCCAGAUGAAGAUCAUCGACUGCCUGCGCGACCACUGCACGUACAACCACGAGGCGCAGAAGAAGUCCAACUUCUUCUCGCGCAUCUUGGGCAAGACGGCGGAGCUGCGGUCCUUGAGUCGUGAGGGGCUGCAGCGGAUGUACUUCUUCAAGCUGGAGAACAUUAUACGCGCCCCUCCUAUCAUAGAAAACCUCUAUCUCUCCAGUCAGCUGCCGUUCUGAAUCUCGCUGCCUGCCCUUGGCCUACCUGACUGAAGGCCUUGAAUGAUUCAGACAAGGGUGUUCAUCGACACAACGUGUAAACAGAGACGAAAUCGCCCGGGGACUCUCGCUUUCUCAACCCUUAUCCUGCAUAAACAUUUCAAGGAGUUGUUUCCCCUUUAUCAACGGUCGUUUCACGUUGAGUCUGAUGAACACGAGCGAGGAUGGAUUCAGUUGCCACACAAGACAGCAGUUCUAAAAGCUUUAAGAUGAGGACAGGCGCAUAUUGGUGCUUUCUUAGUGAACACUGCCCACAGAGCCUCAGCAGCUGGCCCAACAUUUAAAAAAAAAAAAGGCUGGCAAUAAACUGAUUGCCUCUUGCCAGCGGAAGCAGACAAACAAACAAACUUAAGCCGUGUCUUCUCAGUGUUGUUCUUUGCAGCGGUUCUUUAGUCACUGACUCAUUUGACCCAUCGCUAGGUGUCGCCUGUCAAAAGAGUGCGACUCCCUGAAUGGCGCAGAGCAUAGACUGCGGAGAAGCUGGACUCCAGAAGAACAACACACCCGAGGAUUUUUUUUUCCUUGAGUGUCAAAGUGUUAACUUUGCCUAUCCUUUUGAUCAAGAUAUAAUUAUUUUUAUGUCUCAAGUUUAUAUUGUCUAGUCCCAGGUUGUCGUAAUAUCAUCUCAAACUACCUAUGUUUCAUUUAUUUCUCCUUCCUGAUGAUUAUCUAUCACACCUGUUUCUAGACAGCACUAAUUCAAGAAUAUUGAAAUAGAAUUCUUUAGGCUGUCUAAAAAAAGCGUUCAUUUUUUUUUUAUUAAAAAAAGUAAUAACUUUUAUUUCAAACUUUACUUUUCUUUAAUUUCUGCCCAUUUCCUUUUAAUUUUUUUUUAUUUGGAUGUUGUAACGUAUACUUUAACGAGCAAUUCACUGAAAUGAUGAAACUGAAGAAAUCUGUGAUUUUCAUACGUUUGAUAAAAAUGAGUGUUAAUGCACACGUUUCAACAUAUACCUUUUUGAUGUACAAAUAGUACCUCACUGACUAUACCUCCAGCCAAUCAAGUUACUGUCGAGACGUGGUUGUACUUCUUCUGCCUUUUCUUCUUGACAUAACCCAAGAGGACAUAACCUAAACCACCAAGUCUACUUUUUAUAAAGAUUUUGGUCCCCUCUACGCUUUCUAUCAAGCAGAACUGAAAAAAGCUUUUGUCUGCUUCUUUCCUUUUUGGUAUUUGUUGAGCGCUUGUGCAAAGCAGUGCCAAGAAUGUUUCCGCACAACUUUUCUUUUCUGUGAGUUGAACUGGUCCGUACGAGUUUCUGGAAACAAAAACACUCUUCCUGCCUUGAAGAUACAAAUUGUCUGUUGUUUCCCUGACACCACACGGUUUGCAGUUUUUGCAAUGUUUCUCCCUACACACAAUUUUGCCUGAAAAAAAAAGCAUUGUUUAUUUUGAUACGUUUGUACCCGUUUGUUAGUAAUGGUGUCAGUUACCGAUACAACAAUCUUACGCCGUGUUGAUAGAUUCUUUUUGGGCCUGUUGACAGUAUUUUUUCCCCGAAAGUGCUAAAAAUGUUUGACUGGAUCUUCUGAUGGAGCAGCGUGCACAUCACCCGGCACUUGCAUCGUGCCCGACAGUGAAGACAGAAGAAGGUGCAGCUGACUCUAAAGGAACACGAUGGCAGACAACUCUGUAUUCUGUCUUUAAAUGAGAUGUCAUAUCAUUAGAAUAAGCGUCGGGUGGAAUCAGUUUUGAACUGACACUUAGAUAACGGAAACUGUUCCUCCUUCCCUGUGAAUCCCAUUGUCUUUGAUUACAAAGACACAUUAUCGUUGUCGCCGCCAUCACCACCCCCAUUAUCAUCAUCAUCGUCGCGUUCAUCAUCUUCUCUUCCUUCUGCUUGUGUAUCAUCACCUCCAAUGUCAGGCACUGCCAGUGUGCAUUAUUACAAGCCUAUCGUUUCCUUCCUUUGUCGUUGACACAACUGUACAUGGCAACAGAAUUGGUUGCGAGCAUCUGAAGCAGACGAACCGCUUGGCGGCGACACCUAUCGAGCCUGUAACGAGCGGAGAGGGCGCACGUCCAGAAUCAAAGAGAGGAAGCGAACUUGGGCUGAGAAUGGAAUUCUCUUUGAGUUCUAUUAUUUAACUUCCAAUGAAUUUUUUACCGUUCGGAGCGACGUCAAGUGCCGGAGAUUCGUUUAAAGCAAAGUCAGUCUAGGUUCCUGUUUGUCAAAUCGCGCAGCCUUUUGCAGAAAGGUAGGAGUUACACAAUAUGACCCAAUGUGUCAGUCAUCUGUUAUGCAUAACGACAAAAUAGUUUUUUUUUCUUCGGGGGUAGGUGGGAAGGGAAACGAUAUUUUACGUCCAGCCAGCAACCAAGGAAGUCAGCCACAGGCAGAGAAAGAAUAGCAUGCCCGAGACGAGAUUUGAACCCAGAACAGCCAACCCUCACUGGUGACAGGCAAUGUGUUGAAGAAAUAUAGGGCCAUGGCGAAGCACGGACAAACCAAACCGCAAAUAAUUGUGGAAAUCAUCCGCAGCAAAGUAUUUUCUUUUAAUCAGUACUCAUUAUACUGUGUUGAUGGCUUAAAAACACAAAUCUAGUCAUGAUUAUGUUGCAACUAAACUGCCAGUUGAUUUUACAUUGACUUCUGUCUCAUUAUGCUUGCUAAGGAUUGUACUGAAAUUGAUGCCUGUUCCACCAAUGCCAUAAUGGCUGGAUUUAGCUUCUUAGAACUUGGAUGCUGUUUUUGUAGAGUCCACAAGCGCUUUGACUGGUUUGCAGAGAGAACGAGAGAGAGAGCAAGGACAGCCAGCCGAUUCAUUCCAUAGGGAAACUAUUCAAAGAGUAUUUAUUUACAUUAUUUAUCCUACAUGUAGAUAGUGUAUAUAUUUAUAUUGUCGGCCAAAGUGGAAGCUGUUAAUUUCCCCACCCCUUUCGGAUUCUUUUUUUUUUUAAUUAUUAUUAUUAAUCUCCAUGCCUUGAUGAGUACGUACGCACUUUGUAUACAUAGGACGUCUCGUGACAUGAAUCCGGUCUUGUACUUAUACGUCGCACAAUAACGUUUGUGGCAGUGUACGUAUUACAUGGUUCAGUGUCAUUACGAUGUCACCAUUUAUUUUCGUUUUCCACUUCACCAAAUGUUGGCUUUGCCUAUAGAUCCUAUCCGCAAGGCCCCUGUUUUAUACCAUUAUUUUUCUAUCUGAAUUAUUUCAAGCUUAUGUGGUAGCCCGUCCAGCCAGUCACGUGACAACGUCAUCUGGCCGAGACUGGGGUGAUUAGCCUGGACAAAGACAAGUUGUUUUUGUUGGUUGUUUUUGCUUGUUUGUUUUGUUAGUUUUUCCCCGAACCAGUUUUUCUCUUGAUUUGACGUUAACUGCCUUGAAAUAGGGCGCAAGACAUGUAUGUAUACCUAAAGAAAUUUCUUCUGAAACAUAGGUCACACAGGAGUCAAGCAAACAGUUGAAUUGUUGAUUAAACUAAGGGGGAUUAAAAGUUGCUUAAAUUAAGUCAGCCCUCACGACCACCCCAGAUGCGUGAAGUAUUUUUCCACUUGGAACUUAUUAUUACUAUUAUUGUUUAUUAUGUGUUACAAGGCUGAACAGGAUUCAGGAGUUAUUUAGAUAUUUGUAUUCUUACGGCAUCAACAUGCAACGAAAGAAAUAAUUAAGGCACGUUUUCAUGUCAAGCACUUAAGACCCAAAGUACAAAUCUCAUAAACUCAUUUAAUCCUCAAAUUUGAAGGAAACAAUUCCGUUGAACAUUUUUCAGAUACUUAAAUAGAAAAAACUCCGAGGAAGAGAUUUAAAAUAUGAUUAAAAAUAAACUGUACGAAAUGUUAUCUACCCGCAACAUAAUGGCUGUACAUAAGUUUAUUCUCGGUUUCGUGAUUUGACCUCAUCUGUUUCAUUCCUCCGUAUUGCUGCCAGUCCUUCCCACCUGACCACACCAUUUCCUGUCAUGACGUCACAGGGGGAAAGAGGGAACGACUCGCGAUUCUCAUAAAUCCUCCCACGUGCUAACCUGAGCAAUGAAGUCGUCGGCUUUUAAUGAUCCGUUGCUAUUGCAGUGUUAACAGCAAAUCCUGCCACCGCUUCCAAUUCUGUUUAUCUAGUUUUGAUUGCUGUAACAGAGACCCAUACACAGCAGUCGCUCGUCUGGAGACAAAUUUCCGUGGGAAAAGUCAACAUAAGCCCGGAGGACAGUCGCCGCUAGACUGUAACACUUAAAGAAGCUGCAAGCAACGGGCUUUGGGCAGCACAAAGCGGGUGUCGCGAACCGUCAUUAGCCAUACACAGACGGUGAACCCUCUUCAAAGCAGGAGUAACUACGAGCUUAAAUUAUGGAACUGACAUGAAAGCCAGGCGUGCGGCUUGAUGGAUCAUUUGACAGUCCUUUUGGCGGGUCAGCAACACGAGUAUUCUCUUGUGAACAACUCUAGAAGGGAGGGAACACAAAACACGAUUAAAACGAGAUCAAUUAACUCGAAGCAAUGGGCGCCGAUUAAAAAAAAUGUCAAAAUAAACUAAAGUAAAAAUUCCGACUUAAAAAAAAAAAGCCAAAAUAAUCUAACCUGAAAGUAAAAGUUUGAAUCACUUUAGACAUUUGCUUGAAAGAGACAAACGGUUGUUGUCCUUCUCCUUCAAAUUCUUUUGCCAAAGCGAUAAUGAUGAAUGUUAUUUCACAAAUGUCCUGUGAAAUUGCUUCUUUUAACUUGCCAAAAUCUCAGCAGGGGCCUGGUUCCCAUCUCGUGGCUUGGGUGCUGCUGGGUGGCUGCCGCUAAACUGCUCACAAAAUGAGACCAAUUUAUGUGACCGCCACCCUGCAGCAACCCCUGGCGAGGCUCUGUGCACCUGGCCCCUGUCCUCCCCUUUGAUUCAGAAGUGACGUUGUCAGCAGGAAGUGAUGGUCGUCUCACACCCUAUCUGAUCCGAACAAGCAGACCUUACACGUCUGCUGCGACUGCUACUGCAUCAAUAUCUCUUUUAUUCACACUGUUUUGUUGUUACUUAUCAUUUGUAUUCAAUGAAAAGCGUGGUGUUGCCAAGCCAAGCUUGCUGAAACUGUUCAUGUCUAUCUAUACUUUUGUACAGUGAAAACAAAAAUAAUAAAGCGUUAAAAUGUA